CAAUAUCCCGCGGAAGAGAGGAAAGGUGGUGCCGCGAAAAGAGGCGGAGACGAUAGCAAAAGUGCGCUUGCGUCAUCGGGAGGCGUGGUCAAGCGAAGCUAUGGUUUUUGUUUUUCCCUAUCCCCUUCUUAUGAAAAGAUCAUUAGACUGGUAUUUUCCGGGACGAGGUUGUAAGAGUUUAAAGUGCGCAUGCGUUCAGUGAAGACGUAUAUGACAAGAAUUGGCGACUUCUGCGGGUUGUCGGUCAUGAUGUUAGAACAGGAAGGAAAGGAGCUCUUUGGGAUCAGGUAAGGAUUUUUCACUGGAGGAAACCGAGGAGAGAUGGAAUUUAUUAUUAUAGUCAUUAGAUUGUGCCAGGCUUGGCCUCAGUGAUGUCAUAAGGACUCAAGUUCAGAACUAAACGUGCUCUUUUGAAUUACUUUGAAGAGGACAAAGACAUCAUUGUUACAGCAGAGGAUUUUGAUUUUACUAUGGCUGUUCAGAGGAAUACACGGUUAAGAACCAAGAGAUCUUCUACCAGAAAUGCAGGGACAGAAAUUGAGCUUUGCAUUUCUAGGAGUCCAGUUUCACUCCCUGAAUUAGGAAAUGGUGAAGAAGAUUGUAAAUCUUCUCUAGAAAGUAACUUGGGGCUUCGAUCCAAUACUGGAGAACCAGAAAUUCCUGCUACCUGUUUGCAGGAUGGGCCCAGUACGGGAGAUAUUUCUAAGGACUGUUUUUUCAAAAGUGAUGAAAAUGGUACGAUUCGAAGAAAGGUUCCAAUUAGAAAAUGUAAAAAAACUUCUGAAAUAAAGAAUGUCACUGAUGGCCAAAACAAAAUACAGAGUCUACCAGUACAUAAAAAACAGACAGGAUGCAGUAAACGUGCCAUAUGUAAGAACAAAAUGUGUGUACUUAAUAGUGAUACCAGUGACAACAAAGUAUGCCGAAGAAGCUCAAGGAAAAGAAAAAUAUGUUUUAAGGAUGAACUGUUGUUUGAACCAAACACAGAGCAGAAUGAUAAACAGAUUGAACCUUUCUUAGAACACAAAACAAGCACGGAAAUAUUAAAAUAUACUGAGAGUUCUUACAGCGGAAUUACGACAGCUGCUAAAAAAAACUGCAUUUCAGUAACGGAAAUGCAAAGAAACGGGAUGGCUUCAGAGAGUGCAAGUGAACAGAGUGCUUCCACUAUGGAUGUUACUGUUUCCCAGAUGUGCGGAGAGAAACCUUUUACAUCAGCCAAAAAGAGCCAUACUCAAAAAACCCAAGUGGAAAGGCGGAAAACAAGUCCAUAUUUUUCCAGAAAGUUAAUCAAAGAAGCUCCAAGUCCACCAAGAAGGAAAACUUUCAGGAAAUGGACUCCACCUCGUUCUCCUUUUAAUCUGGUUCAGGAAACUCUGUUUCAUGAUCCAUGGAAACUUCUGAUUGCAACCAUAUUUCUGAACAAAACUUCAGGAAAGAUGGCUUUCCCUGUGCUUUGGGAAUUUUUUAAGAAAUAUCCUUCACCAAAGGUAGCAAGACUUGCCAACUGGAAAGAAAUGUCAGAAUUGCUUAAACCUCUUGGCCUAUAUGAACUUAGAGCAAAGACCAUUGUCAAAUUCUCAGAUGAAUAUUUGGUUAAACAGUGGAAAUAUCCAAUUGAAUUACAUGGGAUUGGAAAAUAUGGAAAUGAUUCUUACAGAAUCUUCUGUGUAAAUGAAUGGAAAGAGGUACAGCCACAAGACCACAAACUGAACAUUUAUCAUUCCUGGCUGUGGGAAAACCAUGAGAAAUUAAAUAUUAAUUAUUAGCUCUCUAUAAUCUCUUUGCCUCCCCUUUCUCACUUUUUAAGCUGUUUUUUCUUGAUUAACUAUAAAUAUAAAUGUUCUUUUUAUAUGCCUGUUCAGAAUUUAUUAAAUUCUAUUAUUCUAUAUACUUUGCUUAAAA